CUGUUACUUUAGAUCCUGCUGUAAUAAAAACCACAAAUUAUUUGAUGACAUGGUUUUUUAAUGACGUUCGCAUCGCUGAAAUCACUGGAGAUCUUAGUUUUAUCUGUACAGAUGAUGAGUGUGAUGAGAGAUUCAGAGACAGACUGCAGCUGGAUCAUCAGACUGGAUCUCUGACCAUCACAAACACCAGAAGCACAGACUCUGGACUUUAUUAUCUGCUGAUAAUCAGCAGCAGAUUCAGCAUCAGAAGGAUCUUUAUUGUUGAUGUCACUGGUUAUGCUGAUGCAGUGAGUGUGUCAGUGAUGCGAGGAGAUUCAGUCACUCUACACACUGAUGUUGAAACAAACCAACAAGAGGAGAUUAGUUGGUAUUUUAAUAGCAUUCGCAUUGCUGAAAUCAGUGCAGAUCCCAGUAAGACCUGCACAGAUGUUCAGUGUGAAGAUGCUGAUGAGAGAUUCAGAGACAGACUGAAGCUGGUUCAUCAGACUGGAUCUCUGACCAUCACAAAUAUCACAAUCACAGACUCUGGACUUUAUAAACUACAGAUCACCAGCAGCAGCGACAGUCUUCUUCAGCUCUUCAGUGUUUCUGUCUAUUAUGUUCCUAAACGAGAGAAAAUGAAGAGAAUGUCAGUGAAGGAGGGAGAAUCUGUCACUUUAGAUCCUGGUGUAAUGAAAACCACAAAUUAUUUGAUGAAAUGGCUUUUUAAUGACAUUCGCAUCGCUGAAAUCAAUGGAGAUCUUAGUUUUAUCUGUACAGAUGUUCAGUGUUUAUAUGCUGACGAGAGAUUCAGAGACAGACUGAAGCUGAAUCAUAUGACUGGAUCUCUGACCAUCACAAACACCAGAAGUGAAGACACUGGACUCUAUUAUCUGCUGAUAAUCACCAUCCGGUUCAGCAUCAGAAGGAGCUUCAUUGUUGAUGUCACUACUUAUGUUGAUGCAGUGAGUGUGUCAGUGAUGGAGGGAGAUUCAGUCAUUCUACACACUGAUGUUGAAACAAACCAACAAGAGGAGAUUAGAUGGUAUUUUAAUGACACUCGCAUCGCUCAAAUCACUGAAGAUCUCAGUUUUAUCUGCACAGAUGUUCAGUGUAAAUAUAGUGAUGAGAGAUUCAGAGACAGACUGAAGCUGGAUUAUCAGACUGGAUCUCUGACCAUCACAAACACCACAACCACAGACUCUGGGCUUUAUCAUAAACAAGUCAUCAGCGGCAGCAGCAUCAAUCAAGGCAUCUUCAGUGUUACUGUCUAUGAAGUUCCUGCUGUUGAACGAGAUGAAAUGAAGAGGAAGUCAGUGCAGGAGGGAGAAUCUGUCACUUUAGACACAGGAGUAAUCAAAAAUCCAAAUGAUUUGAUGACGUGGUAUUUUAGUGACAUUCACAUCGCUGAAAUCACUGGAGACCAGAGUAAGAUCUGUACAGAUGCUGAUGAGAGAUUCAGAGACAGACUGAAGCUGGAUCAUCAGACUGGAUCUCUGGCCAUCACAAACAUCACAACCACAGAGUCUGGACUCUAUCAACUACAGAUCAGCAGCAGCAGCAGAAGAAUCAGCAUCAUAAAGAGCUUCAGUGUCACUGUCCCUAUGGUUUCCGAUUCAGGUCUGUCUUCAGCCCCAGCAGGAAUAGUAGUAGUCCUAUGUGUUGGUGUAGCUGCUCUUGUUCUGCUGCUCGUUGCUGCUGGUGUGAUUUACUAUCGCAAACGUCAAGCAGGACAACAUAGCGAUGUUACAGACAUGGUGAUGCAGUUCAAUAAUCAGGACGGAAAAAGACCCCGUUGAUGACUCCUGCCAAUGAAUCAGACUGAAACUGGGGCUGCCAAUGAGACAUCACAGAAACUUUAUUAUGUUGAUACUUUCAUUUAAAGGGAACAUAAAGAAAAGUUGGGAAGCCAAUAGUGUCACGAUACCAAGAUUUCAGUAUUCAGUACUGAUGCCAGUGAAACAAAAUUCAGCUAAUUAAAAUUCAAACUAAUUGGCUAUAAUUCAGUUUUAAGUGAUUUAAAUAAUAAAAAUUUAGCCUAAUUUUUUUUGUUAUUAUGUAACAUAGCUUCAGAAUAGACAAACCGUAAAUUAGCAACUAAAUGAUUAAAGUUUGAGAAAGCCUGACCCGAAAGUUUCGAGUAGUUUUAAAAGCAUAAUGUUUAAAGGUUUUGAAGGCCAUGCAGUCUAUCAGAAAAAACAGACAGAAUCAAACAACAUGUUGGCUUUCUCAUUAAGAAACAGAGAAAAAUAUUAAUUCCAAUAGUACAAAGAGUGCUUGAGGUUUCUUUCAGUAUGUCAGUGUUUAUUAAAGGUGCUAAAGUUACAUCUUUAGAAUUUUCGUAUUAGCAACUUUACAGUUCUAC